CAAUAGUGAGCACCUAUGGUGCUGCCUUACAAGGAGGGACUGGACCAGAUCUGCAACAGCUACAAACAAUAGAUUCCUCAAGACUUUUUUUUUUCCCCUUCUCAGCAAUUGUCGCCUCCCCCUAGAUUCCUCUCCCACGCAUCUUUGAACAUAAAGUUGAAAAGUUACAUCUCCCACAUAGAAAACUUUAUGAACAUGAUAUUCAAAUAAUAAACAGUCAACAAAACCCACAUUGGAAAACCAAACCCAACACCAAACUCUUCCACCUUCACGUUUAUUAUAGACUUAUAGUUUUUGACUGGUCUGGUCAUCUUUUGAACAAAUCUGGUGAACAAAUGGCCGCCUUGUAUAAGUAUUUUAAAGUGUAGCAGAAGCAAAACCACCUCGGAUUCAAUCAAGUUGUCCUUGUUAAAAGGGAUAUUAAAAAAAGUAUUAUGUGAUAAAAAUAAAAUAAAGUGAAGCAAAGGAGGAAAAAAAAAGUUUAACAAACAAAUAAAAUAGAAUCCAGGUAAGAGAGGUUAGCAGUGGUGCAGAUAUAAUUGAAUAUAAAAGGGUGGUUCUACACUCACUCUCACUCAAUGCCAGUCUAUCCGCCAGUUUGGAAAUCAAUUUUUAAUUCCAUUAAUGCUUCCAAACACACCUCUGGCAGCAUCUGGUGACCCAACACAUCUUGUGACUAAGAUCUCUCACUCUCCCCAUGUUAAAAAUUCCCCCUUCACAAUCCAACUUCUCUCCAAUUUGUUCCUCAUCUUGCAGAUAUUGUUUUUGCAAACUGGGUUUUGCCGAUUAACUAGUUUUUGAUCACUAACAAAAGUAUGCAAGACCAUAUUGGCAUCCCUGCUUGCUUUUCAUCAAGUGAGAAGCUGAGCGAUGAUGCUUCAGCUGUAACUAGGUCAGGCCACAGUGUUUACAUGUCUGUGUACAGAGCCAAGAUUGCUGAUCAGUGCCGCUUGAUCACAAUCACAUGGUGCAAGAACUUGUUGCUCCAUGGCCUAUCUGUAUCUCUUGAAGGCCCAGAUGGAGAAAACCAGCAGACCUGCAAAGUUGAGCUCAAGCCAUGGUACUUUUGGAGAAAACAAGGCUCCAAGCGCUUUGUAGUUGAUGGCAAAGCAGUUGACAUCUUCUGGGACCUCAAGUCUGCAAAAUUCAAUGGUGGGACAGAGCCCAAGUCAGAGUAUUAUGUAGCAGUUGUUUGUGAUGAAGAGGUUGUGUUGCUUCUUGGUGAUCUGAAGAAAGAUGCAUAUAGGAAGACAGGGUACAGGCCUGCUCUGAUUGAUCCCACUUUGGUUUCUAAAAAAGAACACAUCUUUGGCAAGAAAAAGUUCUCCACAAAAGCCAAGUUUUAUGAGAGAGGCAGGCUUCAUGAAAUUGCAAUUGAAUGCAAGAACAGAGCUGGGAGCAUCAGCAAUGGCAAUUCAUUAAAUGGGGUUGAGCCAGAAUUGGAGAUUAGGGUAGAUGGGCAUUUGGUGGUUCAUGUUAAACACCUUCAGUGGAAAUUCAGAGGUAAUGAGUCCAUUCAUAUCAACAAGUUGAGAAUUGAGGUUUAUUGGGAUGUCCAUGACUGGCUUUUUAGUCCUGGUUUGAGGCAUGCAUUGUUUAUUUUCAAGCCAGUUUUGCCUUCCAGUACAUCUCUCUCACCACUGUCCAGGUCAUCAUCCUCCUCACCACCAUUUUCUUCCCUGUCAUCCACUCCAUUGUCAUCCCAGACCAGUUUAGGGUCAAUAGAAGGGCUUAAUGCAAGUGGAUCAUCUGAGUUUUGCUUGUUUCUCUAUGCCUGGAAGGUUGAAUGAGAAACAACAUAUCAAAUAUGGUAGACUGGUAGUUUCAUCAUCAUCAUCAGCAGCAGAAGAAUGAGGCUGGCAAAUGAAAUGGGGCCCGAGCAAGGAAUGGGGACAGCAUGGAAUGAUGUAGAUGCAGAUUGGAUUUGUGAGUGAGAGGUUUGGAUUGAGAAUGGAAGAGGUGGGGCCCAAGAGAGGGGUUGGAUGGAAGAAGUUAGUUACAGCUGGGGUUGAACAAAUGGGCACAAUUGGACAAGACAGAUGGUAUCACUUACAUGCCCAAUAAUUCCCCAUCUAGAGGCAUCUCCACCUAUUUUUAUACAAAUUCUCUUUCCUCUUUCUUGAUCUGAUCUUGAUAAUUGAGCAAUAUUUCAAACUCUUCUUUUUUUUUUUCUUUUCCUACCAACAUGUAUGUGAUGUCUCCAAAGUUUUAUAUAAAAGAAAUAUAGACCAAUAUGUUCAAAGGGUACUGAAUGUUUGUAUCUGGCAUAAAAUGUUGUUACAUGUGACAGAGAGGAGGAGUUGUUGAUGAUGAUUGAAUCACUAAUGCAAGACUAUUUGCACCACAUAUGAAUAUACAAUUGGAUAA